AUGUUGAGCAGUAUUCAUAUCUCUCACAAUGCCAUCUCAUGGGCGGUGACUUGUGCGGCAGCGAUCACUCUUUACGUGGUGAGCAAUGCUGUCUAUAAUAUCUUUUUCCAUCCGCUGGCCAGGUAUCCUGGCCCGUUAUCGCACGCCGCCUCACGGCUCCCGUACUUCAUCCGUGUCUUCAAGGGCACUCUUCCGUUUGAUAUGCUCGACUUCCAUCAACGCUAUGGUGACAUUGUUCGGAUCGCCCCCGACGAGCUAGCCUUCUCCCACCCGGACGCAUGGAAGGAUAUCUUGGGCCACAACAAGGGAGGCUUGUACCUAGAAAAGGCUAGCUGGUUCUACAGACCUCUGGAAUAUGACCAACCACAUAUUUUCAAUGAGAGCCGCGAAGAGCACAGUCGUCUGCGGCGGCAAUUGGCCCAUAGCUUCUCCGACAAGGGGAUGAGAGAUCAAGAGCCGAUGAUCCGGGGGUAUGUUGAUCUUCUGCUGCAGAGGUUGUGCAAAGUUGGAUGCGGAGAGAAGGCCGUUGAUCUUUCCGCCUGGUACAAUUAUACAACCUUUGAUAUCAUCGGCGAUCUAUCAUUCGGUGAGUCAUUCGGCUGUCUGAAGGGCUCCAGCUACGUCGAGUGGAUUGAGAGUAUCUUUAUGGCGAUACGCUUCGCCACUGUUCUCCAGGCCCUGUCAUUCACUCCCCUAUUCAAACAGGUCUUGCUGGCCUUGGUACCCCAAUCAGUGCGCGAGAGGCGUGAGCGCCUCAAUGAAUUCACACGGCAAAAAAUGCUUCGUCGGAUGGCAAUUGCGGAGGAGCGGCCUGACUUGAUCGAAGGGCUUUUAAAGAAGAAAGAAGAGCUGAAUUUGACCGUCGACAAACUCACCGCGAAUGCUGAGACUUUGGUUAUCGCCGGCUCCGAGACGAUGGCUACUUUGCUCUCCGGCGUCACAUAUCUCAUUCUCAAAAACCCGGAAGCCUACCAGACUCUGGUAAAGGAAGUGCGAUCGGCUUUCAACAGCGAGGAGGAGAUCAACCUCUUGUCAGUUGCUAAAUUACCGUACAUGCUGGCCUGUCUGGACGAGGCAUUGCGCAUGUAUCCACCUGGUGCUGUUGGCCCUCCUCGGACAUACGUUUCGAUUCAUCAUUGGGCUCUCUAUCGACGGGAGGAGUAUUUCUCAGAUCCACAUACUUUCCACCCGGAACGAUUCCUCCGGGACCCUCGGUUCUUGCAUGAUCGACGCGACGUCCUCCAACCGUUCCAUAUUGGUCCCCGAAGCUGUCUAGGUCGCAAUCUCGCGUAUAGCGAGAUGCGCCUGAUUUUAGCCCUCAUGAUCUUCAACUUUGACAUGAAGCUGUCAGACGAUUCGCAGGAUUGGAUUCGGCAGAAAAACAUUUUAAUGUGGCAACGGGGGCCGUUGAAUGUGCAUUUGACCCCUAUCCAUAGAAACAGUUCUUAAUGGGUUGUCUAUAUAUAUCAUCUUUCGUCAGGUCAGGAAAGUAUGAUUGCUGGGAAAACGGCAGGCGUUUGAUGAGCCUUCAAUGGAGCUGCUGCUGGUGUCCAC